GGUUGAUGCCAAAAAUAUCCAUUAUCCGCUUUCUUCAUUUUCCAUCGUUCUUUUCUCACCGGCAAACAUGAAUUCAUUUAUGAACACCAUCAAAACCGCUGUCUCCGACUCUACCACCGACGGCAACGAGAAGAGUACUAACACAGAGCAACCAUCGUCCACGGAGCUAUUGUCAAGUGCUAAGCAGGUGGCGGAGGCAGCUAAGUUAGCUGCAAGCAACCAAACAGACAAAAUUGACAAGGUUAAGACCGCCGGCGCCGCCGCGGACGUCCUUGAUGCCGCCAAGAAGUACGGAAAGUUUGAUGAGACCCAAGGAGUGGGGCAGUAUCUAAAGAAAGCAGAUGACUAUCUUCACGAGUAUGAGAACUCCGGUGCUAGUGCUACAACACCGCCACCCACCAAGGAGGGCGAAGCUGAGGCACCAGCCGCCGCGCCGCCGGUGGAGGAGAAGAAAAGUGAAAAGGAAGAAUCUGGAAGUGGGUUUGGAGCCGCUGAUGCCCUGAAGGCCGCCGGAAGUUUCUUCAAGUAGAACUGUUGCUGCUACUAUGUAAAUCAAGCAACGACUUUGAUCUUUUUCGCUGUGUGACUUGUACCUCUUGUUUUGAAUGUUGUACGUCGUUUCUGUAAUAAUAAUUGAUUACAUGAUGUGUUCUAAUUAA